AUGAUUUCCGAGAAAAGGGAUCUCCCGCUCGAUCCCGAAACUAUCAAGGAGUGCAUCGGCUCCGCACAAUUUAGUCAGUCCGUUAGGACCAUCUCUAGCUCCUACCGUGGUCCCCAGUCCAUCGCUGCUGCUGACUUCAACAAGAAUGGCAAGCAAGACGUCGUAGUGGCCUACGCCACCGAGAACAAGGUCGUCUACUUCAGCAACCAAGGUGACGGCCUCUGGUCCGCGUCCGUCCUCGGCACCGUGAACGACGCCUCGGCCGUCUUCGCCGCCGACCUCAACGGUGAUGGCAGGAUUGACGUGGUGGCCGCCUCGGAAACCGAUAACCAGGUGCACUGGUUCAAGAACAACGUCGGCGGCUGGACUCACUACACGAUCCUCGAUGCGGCCAUCUCCGCUCCCAGGAGCCUGUUCGUGGCCGACAUCAACGGCGACAACAAGCCCGACAUCGUCGCCGCUGGCGACGCGAUCGCGUAUCUGGAGAACCAGAUCACCAACGUGCAGCCCAACGGCUGGACCAUCAACGCUGUCACCUACUCUGGCAGCCCGGUCGACUCUAUUUUUGCGGCGGAUCUCGACAAGGACGGAUUCACGGAUCUCGUGCUGGCGUCGUCGACCGGCGACUUGGUCUGGCUCAACAACACCAGCGGCUCCGGCACCGCCUUCGCCUCGAAUGUCAUCGCCACCGCCACGGGCUCGGUCCAGGUGUUCUGUACCGACAUCGACGGCGACGGUUACAUGGACGUGGUUACGGCGGACAAGUCGAAGAACGCCACCACGCUCUACUACAACAACCUCGUCAUCGCCACCCACACCCUGCCCUCGGGCAACAACAACUCGGCCCCUGCUCAGUCCGGGUGGGUGGGCCUUUACGUGGACCAGGACCAGAACGCACCGGAGUCGGUCUUCGUAACCGACAUCGAUGGCAACGGGUACCAGGACAUCGUGGUGGCCAUCACCGGUGCCGACACCAUCAAGUGGUACGACACGUCGGACUUCUACACCUGGGACGCCCACGCCGUCGGCGACGCUACCAGCCCUUCGUACGUGUAUGCGCGCGACAUCGACGGCGAUUACGUGAAGGACGUCAUUUUUGCCAGCGCGACCGGCAACCGCCUUGGUUGGUUCGAGGAGCUGUGCGCCACCUCGCUCCCCGAUGGCGGUGACGACGAUCAUGUUGUGGGCUGGGCCGUUGCUGGAGGCGUGAUUGGAGGUCUUUUGAUUCUCUGGAUCCUCGUCGCCAUCGCUAUCGCCAUCCACGACUACAUCAAGCACCAGAUGCAAAAGGCGUCUGAGCAGAGGAAGAAGGAGGCCAAGUCCAUGCUGCCGACCGAGCACGAUGACCUGUAA